ACCUACAUCACCUACAUCAUAUUAUAUACGAGAUGCCAGAAAGAGCGUUCAUGGCAGGACCAUGUAGUGUAACGACUAUGUACCGGCUUGCUGGGAAAGCCAUGACGACGUAAUUGAAUAGUAGGGGUCCCUAUUCUUACUUUUAUUCUCUUUGGACCCCUCUGUUUACUCUCACCUCUAACUCGCAGCCACCGCAUUUCUCUAUGGUUAAACUAGCUUGACGACGUACCUGACCUAGGGUAUUAUCAACAUUGAACAAGACACACAAAGGUGAGACAGGGAGAUAGUGAGACAGAAUCAUCAAUAUAACUACAUUCUACCCCCGUACAUAUAAUUUUACUCUACUUCAGUCCGUUUCUUUCUUCUCCACCCCCCCCCUCCCCCUAAUCUUCCUAGACCUUCUCACAAUGCUACGUAACACACGGACUUUCGUAGCGAGCUCAUCAAGAGCAACUGCCUAUGCCAAAGCUUCAGUUACUCCACUACUAAAAGCGCCAUCGCGACCUAUAAAUACAGUCACAGCUACUACUUCUAGCUCGAAACCUCUAAAGACACUUGGUCCACGUGUUGGCUUAUUAAUACCAAGAGCUAGAUAUGUCACUAAAGCGCCCAAUGGACUGCAACAAGGGAUAGACCCCGAGGAAGACAAGAGAAUCGGCCAGAAAAAGCUUGAAGUGCACCCGGAAUCGGUAACCACCGAAUCAAGCGUCCGUCACGUGUAUGAGCCCAGCACCCAGGGAGGGCAGAAGGAGAUCAAGCAUGGUGUUAGAGAUGACCUGGCGGCCGUCAAGGAAACAUUUGCACUCUCAGAUGUGCCGAAAGAACCCUACGUCCUAGGCCUUACCGGCACAUUGCCUUACCUUGGAACCUCUGUUUCUACUAUCUACCUUACGUGGGUUUUGAAUACGCAAUGGCCUACUACAUCCAACUUUGCCAACCAUUUCUUGAUAAGCCACGACACAGCGCACCAUCUACUGAGCGUCCUGGAGCCCAUACAGCUAGGUUACGGCGCCAUAAUCAUCAGCUUCCUUGGUGCGGUCCAUUGGGGAAUGGAAUAUACCGAGAAGGUAGCAGAUCCAAAACGGACCCGGUUUCGAUACGGGCUCGGUGUGCUGGCCUCUAUCAUAGCAUGGCCGACAUUGUUUAUUCCAAUGGACUUUGCGCUCACGGCACAGUUUGCCGCCUUCAGCAUGCUAUACUUCGCCGAUGCCCGAGCUACCGUGCGAGGGUGGGCACCUUCGUGGUACGGAUCCUACCGGUUCGUUCUGACUGCGGUGGUGGGAACUGCUAUCGUAAUCAGCCUCAUCGGGCGGAUGAAGGUCGGUGAUGCCAAGCCGAGGCUCACUGGUCUCGACGAGAAGCUUCAUGACCAUCGCGGGGAAGAAAAUUAUACCAAAAAGUGGAAGGAUCUAGAGACGAAGGAGAAGAAGGAAGCCGAGAAGAGGAAAAAGGAAGAGGAGAAGGAGGCUAAGAAGAAGAAGGCUGCGGAGAAGAACAAGAGUGGGAAGAAUGAAGAUACCGAGAAGAAUAAAGAGGAUAAGAAGACAGAAGAGACUGGUAAGGAGAAUGGAAGUAAAGAGCCCGAGAAGACAGAGCAGGACGACUCAGGGAAGGAGAAGGGUAAUGAAGAUAAGGGUGAAGAAGAAGAGAAGGACGAAGAAGAGAACGGCAACGAAAAGAAGAGUAAAGAUGAGGGGGGUAGAGACGAGGAAGGUGAAGAAGAGAAGAACGAAGGGGAUAGCCAAAAGGAGGCGGGCAAAAAGGAAAAGACUCAGGAUGAGAAGCCCAAGAAGAGUAAAGGGGGUAAAAAGGGCGAAAAUGAUAAGGGUAAUGAGAAAUGAUCAUGACAAGACGACAGACAGUAGCACGGCGAGACCUAAGAUAUCCAUUUGAGAUCGUUCACUUUAUCCCAUAGCAGUACUUGCAGAUAUAGCUCUUUUGAUACGUAUAGCACGUAGUGUAUACUUGAACGAAUCUGAUAUCACAUGAAUUAGAAAUACGUAAA